UCAGUCUCUUGGGAAGCUGAUUUCUACACUGAAGCUCCUGGAACUCUUCUUACUGUGAUAUAACCUGGUUCAAAUCAUACUGCCUAUAGUAACAGGUGCUUAGCCAAACCUAAAAAGUACUGGAAUCCUCAGAUUUGAACUACAGCAGGCAUUCUAUUUAGGAAGAUUCAGCCUCUUAACAAGUUGGUGGCUAUCUUAAAACCCCAAAACUUGACUCUGCAUGAAAAAAGUGAGGUCCUAAGAACAGAUAUGUCUUGGCAUCAGGAAACCUUUACUGCUAUGGAAACAUAUGACUCUGAGGAGUCUCGUCAAAAAUUCAGACAUUUCCAGUAUUCAGAAGUGUCUGGACCCCAUGAAGCCCUGAGCAAACUCUGGGACCUCUGUCGUCAGUGGCUGAGACCAGAGAUUCAUUCAAAGGAGCAAAUCCUAGAACUUUUGGUGCUGGAACAAUUCCGGACAAUCCUCCCUGAAGAAGUCAGGGCUUGGAUAAAUUUACAGCAUCCCAAGAACAGCAAAGAUGUGGUGACUCUCAUAGAAGAUGUGAUUGAAAUACUCAAAGACAAAGAUACACCCUUAGAGAACUGUGUCCUUCAAAAUGGGAGCACAAGGGAGAACAUGGAAGCUGACUCACUAACAGGGAAGCCUCAGGAACCAUUGACAUUCAAAGAUGUGGUUGUGGAAUUCACCAAGGAAGAGUGGGGGCAACUGGACCCUGCUGUAAAGAACCUUUACAGGGAUGUGAUGCUGGAGAACUAUAGGAACCUACAUUCAUUGCAUAAAGCUCAUCCACUUUCCAAACCAGUUGAGAUCCCCAAAUUGGAGAGUAAGAAAGAAAGAUGGAUAAUGGAGGGAGAAGUCCCAAGAAGGACCAUUUGGGGUCUUUGAAUCUUACAAGAUCCAAGCUCUCUCUUGUUGAUAUCCAGUGUUCUCCCAUGGUCAUUCACCUCAAAAUACAAAUACAUGGUAUCUUUGAUUUUCUUUGUGGAAGACGACAUGAAUACUGGGCUCCUCUAUUC